AUGAUCAAUAUAUAUUUACGUUCAACAGGAGAACGAUUUAAAUUGAGAACAAUUCAUUUUAAUACAAAAGUUCGUGAAUUAAAAAUAAUUCUUGAAAUAAUAUGCGGUAUACCAGCACAUUUGCAAUUAUUAUAUUAUUUGGAUGAAAGCACUUUACUUGAUUCACAAAAACUUAAAUACUAUGAUCCUGUUCCAAAUUGUACGUUUAUACUUGAUGUCUGGUUUAUUUAUGAACCAAUUGUACAAGCUGUUGUAGCUAAUGAUGAAGAAAAGCUAUUUCAACUUGGUGUUUUGCCUGGUAUACCAUUUUCAUCACCCAUUGCUGAUAGUCUAGAUCCACCAGAUAAAGAAGCAUAUAUUCUAGAACGAGGUAGUAUUGCUCUCUUUACAGCUGCACAUCGAGAAAGACUUAGUAUUGUACGUCGUCUAUGUGAAAAUAAUGUUGGUAUUAAUUAUCAAACCGCAGCAGGACGUACACCAUUAAUGGUAGCAACUGCUCGUGGUUCAUUACGGGAGAUGGAAUUGCUUUUAGAUCAUGGUGCGCGACUUGAUAUACGAGAUGCAUUUGGACAAACAGCUGAUAAUUUUGCUGAGAUUUUUAGUCAAAUACAAAGUCGUCGAACGAUCAUAAAAUUUAAAUGGAAAAAACGAAAUGAAAAAUCAAUGCUUCAAGAACGUGAAGCUAAAAUUGCCAUCAAACAACAAGGUACUGAAGCUGAACAAGCACUUGAAAAAUCGAAUCAUCAACGUGAACAAAGAGUUCAACAAUUAGCCGAACAACGAAACAAAAGACAAGAAUUACUUGCUGCUCAGAAAUUACGAUUAGGAAAAAAGAAAACUCCUCAAAGACCCAUAUCCAGUCGUAUAUCAACUGCUCGAUUAACAAACAAUGACAAAGAACAGGAUUCAACAAGUUUAGCUGGAUCACUAGAUAAUUCAUUAUCAUCACCAAGUAUUACUCGACGAUCAGCUGGACCAAAACAAAAAUUAUUUGCACAUCAAUUUUAUGAUGUUUAUGAAGGUAUGACUGAUGAAGAAUGGACAAAAGUACGUGAUGCAUUUGUUGCACAAUAUUUUUCUGAAUAA